AUGGGGAGAUCGUUGCGCAAGUCACGCAAUGCCAAGAAGGUCUCGCAAAAGGUGAAGGAGGGAAAGAAGAUGCGAAAGCACUUCAAUCCGCGGCACAUCCAGGACCAGGAACUGCGGAAGCGCUUCGACAAGAAUAAGACGCUGAAACAGAACAUGGAGGCCACCAAUUUGAAGGAAAUGUACAAGGAGAGGCUUCCCAAGAAGAUUCCCAAGAAGGCGGCGCAUCCAGUCAAGGUGAACGAAGAGGAGGCACCCAUCUGCAAGAAGCUGGCAGAGAAAUAUGGCGAAGACUACGAGAAGAUGCACUGGGAUGUGAAGAUCAACGUCUUCCAGUGGACCACGCGCUUCUGUGAAAAGAAGGUGAAAGCUUUCAAAGCUGGGCACUUGAGGUCCAUGAAGGCUGAGAUCCUGUCUGGCCACGGGAUGGACUUUCGAAAACCCAUGUAUGGCAAGAGCAAGGACCGCAACGUCUUUGGCCACUGA